CACUAUUGAGUAUUGACUGUCUGGAUGCGAUGACUCACGACACGUGCGGUAUAUGAUGCAGUUACAGUACAUGUAAACUGUAAUUGUGUGUAUCUAUUCUCUAUAUAUAUAUAUAUAUACACACCACACAGGCCUUCCAAUUUCAUCGUCUUAACAAACCAGCUGGAGAACAGCAAUUCAACUCAUCUGUGAAGAAAAAGUAUACUUAAUUUUCCAUAUUAGUUUCCUCGCGAAAGUGAAUGAAGGGUGGUGGUGAUCAGCAAUUGAAUUUUCCGGCGGGUUUCAGAUUCCAUCCGACGGACGAGGAGCUCGUCGUUCAUUACCUCUGCCGGAAGUGCGCCGGUCAGCUGAUUUCAAUCCCCAUUAUUGCCGAUAUCGAUCUCUACAAAUUCGACCCCUGGCAGCUUCCCGAUAUGGCACUCUACGGUGAGAAAGAGUGGUAUUUCUUUUCUCCAAGAGAUCGGAAAUACCCCAACGGUUCGCGGCCGAACCGCUCGGCCGGAACCGGAUACUGGAAGGCCACCGGAGCCGAUAAGCCGGUCGGAAAACCGAAGACUCUCGGAAUUAAAAAAGCCCUAGUUUUUUACGCCGGAAAAGCACCAAGAGGAGUCAAAACCAAUUGGAUUAUGCACGAAUACCGCCUUGCUAAUGUGGACCGUUCCGCAUCCGCCAAGACUAAUAACUCUAGGCUCGAUGAUUGGGUUUUGUGUCGGUUAUACAACAAGAAAGGAACGCUUGAGAAGCAUUACAAUGUGGAUCACAAGGAAGUGCAGUACUUCUCGGAUGUCGAAGAACAAAAGCCGAAUGUGGAUGCAUUUCACUAUACUACCAGUACCAGCGCGGGGGUAAAAUCGUCACCGCAAAUAUUUCAUUUCGACACAUCUGAAUCGAUACCUAAGUUGCAUAACAAUACAGACUCUAGUAGCUCGGAGCAUGUUUUGUCGCCGGAGGUACAAAGCGAGUCGAAAUGGAACGAUUUCGAUAGUUGUCUCGAUUAUCAGCUCAAUUACACUAUGGAUGCCGCCUUUCAAGAUGUUGACCUUUUUACCUCACAAAUGCAGCAGUAUAGUGAUGAACAGAUCUCAAUGUAUCAGGACAUAUUUGCUUACAUGCACAAACCCUUCUAAUUUUGGGAUCAAAUUAAUUUAGUACUAUGAACAUAUAGAAAAAUCAGCUAGUCAAAUUUGGCUGGCUUGGAUUUUUGUGUUCAUGGAUAUAAAUUUAGUAUGUGCUACAUUAAUUUAUGUUGUAUGGAUAGAAACUUAGAAUGUAAGUUAAUGCAUGGGAAUAGAGAACAAGAGUACUCUAUUCGACUAUUUCAGUUCAUUACAAAUCGGGUGGUUUUACAUCAUAGAUCUAUACAAACAUGCGCGUACCAAUGGGUAUACUUGGGGUGGCCCUCGCCCCAGAUUUUU